AAAUUAUAUAAUAAUAAAUAUGCCAUCCCAACCUUUUAUAAAUGGCUCAGGCAGUCAGGCUAAUCUUCAAAUCCAUUGAAAAGUAAACCUUUGUGCAGUACGCUUAGCCAUUAUAAAAGAGGAACCUGCAAAUUUCCUCAUUUUUCUCUCUCUUUGCUCAACAAUGGCUUCCACUUCGCUACUUCAGUCAACUUCUUCUACUUUCUCCGGAAUCAAACUUCCAUGCCGGACUUCUGUCUUUCUUCGGGCCGGAUUCUCAUCAGUUACGGUGAAAGCUUCUGCUGGAGCCGCGGUUUUUGUCGACAAAGCCGAAGCCGAUAAUGUUAAUCGUCUUAAAACUUCUUAUUUAGAGAAAAUUGUUCCUCUUCUCAAGGAAGAGUUCUCUUACUCCAACAUUCUUGAGGUUCCCAAGAUUGACAAGAUAGUGGUGAACUGUGGAAUUGGAGAGGCUUCACAAAAUGCAAAGGGUUUGGAUGCUGCAAUGAACGAGUUGGCACUCAUCACUGGUCAGAGGCCCGUAAAGACAAAAGCAAAAAAAUCCAUUGCAGGUUUUAAGGUCAGAGAAGGUAUGACGCUUGGGAUCGCAGUCACACUUCGAGGAAAUGUCAUGUAUGCAUUCCUGGACCGUCUUAUCAACUUGGCACUUCCUCGAACAAGGGAUUUCCAAGGUGUGAAUCCAAAUAGUUUUGAUGGUAACGGGAAUUACAGCAUCGGGUUUCGUGAACAAAGUGUGUUUCCAGAGAUCAAACCCGAAAUUGUCGGUAAGGCUAGGGGAAUGGAUGUUUGCAUAACGACAACAGCUAAGACAGACAAGGAAGCCUUCAGGCUGCUAACCCUAAUGGGAAUGCCAUUUAGAGAGAGUAGUGGACCAUCUACUCUCAUUCGCAAGAAGAAGUUGAAGUCUCACCACUUCGACUCGAAAUCAAGGGGUAGGAGAUAGGGAAACUAGGCUUAUUCCUGAACAUUGUUUUGUGCAUUUCCCUUGUACUAUUUUACUGUAAUUGAUCUUUUGGCAGUUCUUGUAACAAACAGUGAUGUUGUAUGAACCAUAACAUUAGCUUUUGCUAUCAAUCAAUCUCUCAAACUUGUAUCUUCUAUAACAAAUUCACUUCAAUUCAUUUUUAAUAAGUUUUACCAAUUA